AGUGGCGCUACAUUUCUCUGAAAAGAAAAAGUCUCAUCCGAGCAACCACGAGCCCAUAAUGCACACUCAUAGUCUGCCUAUUCCAUAUGGUGAUGGAGAUCUUCUUACUGCAGUUCUGGUGAACAUUGUUGGGAAAGGCAAUUUCACCAUUGGCGGGUCUUCAGAUCAUCAGUGGAGCUUUGAAACCUCAAAACAAUUGAACGAUAUGGAACUCGAGACUAUCAAAAUCAAAAUGAGAGGUCAUACAAAUGAAUUGCAGUGAGAAGAGAGGCUGAGAGCUUGGCGACUUCAACGAAGGUUCAAUCUCAAGAAUACUUCGAACUUUGUAAC